GAACCCUGACUCUCAUGACGCGCACGGUUCUAUCCGCCCUGACUCUUCUUGAAUCAAUCAACCACAGUGAUGGACGGUAAAGAUCACGAACUGAAAGUAACAUUCAUACCUCAACUCUACCUCCAACGAAGAAUAUGGAUCUUGGAUGUUUUACGACAAGAAGGUGUCGUUGACUAGGUCUUGGACGUUGGGUGCGGCGAAGGUCAACUAUUAUCCGCUCUAUGUCAACCAGCUCCAUGGCUAGCAUUCAAAGGCAAAUUCUACGACAACGACUCGGAUUUGAAUUUGAAGGUAGAAUUAGAAGACCAAAGCCCACCGAUGAACCUGUUCAACUCUUCCCUUGGUCCGAUCCCAUACCUGCAUAUAAAUCGUGUUGCAGGUUUGGAUAUAUCGGAUGCCGAUCUCGAUUUUGUCAUGAAGGUUACUGAGCCUGAACGAUUCGAACUCGAAUCCGACGUAACUGGCAGCAGUGUAGGGGGAGGUUCAGGUUGGGGACUUGGAGCUACAAUCGGAGGAAGAGAACCCGUAAGAUGGGAAUCGAUGACAGCGAACAUAUGGAAAGGUGGUUUGGAAGUGGUCAACGAUGCGUUCGUUGGCGUUGAGUGUAUCGUUGCUUCUGAAGUAAUCGAACACCUCCCUCCCGAUGUCUUCCCGUUUUUCUCCCCGGUGCUGCUAGGGAUCUAUCAACCUCGCCUGCUGUUGAUCACCACGCCUUCCUAUACAUUCAAUGCACGAUUCACUGCCCCAGAUGCACCUCUGAACCGAAAAUCAGGAUAUCCUGAUCCUACAGGACGCACUGACCGAGUGUUCCGUCAUGAAGAUCAUAAAUUCGAAUGGACACCAGAUGAAUUCAAAGUUUGGUGCGAGGAAGAGGCUAGGAAGUGGGGUUAUGAACUCAAACUAGGAGAUAUUGGACGGGCAUACGAAGUAGAUGAAUGGGGUAGAGAUGAGGAACUAGGUGGGGCGACGCUUGUCGCGACGUUUCGAAGGAAGGAAGGAGUGAAUGAUGAACGACAGGCUCAGGCAAGAGAGGCGGUUCGGGUGUUGCAGCAGCAGCAACAAAGGGUAGUCUCCGAAGACGACGGAGAAGAGAAAGAGAAAGAAGAGCUCAAGCAUGAGCUUCUGGUAUCCUAUCUUCACACAGCACACGAACGAGCGCGGAAACCUUUACCGUUGUCCGAGAUCAGAGAUAUCGUGAAGGCCCGAAUGGAAGAGUAUCGCGAGUCAUUUAUGCGGCUAGAGGAUUUGUGGUAUGAACGAGAUGUUAGCAUCGCCUGCGGCGGGCGGAUCGAGGUUCUCAUUAAAUCACUGCAAGAGCGGAACAAUAUUUUGACCCUCAAACAAGACGGUGACGCUCCGGAUUUGAACAUACAGCGACAACGAGAGCUAUGGAAAGUCGAGCUGUUGGGAGAUCCUGGUACCAAAAGGACAAGAAUGUUGUGGCCUUCGACUGAAGAAAGUAUAGAUGAACAUGAGAAGAGCGUCGAGUAUAUGCCUGCAGAUUGGAAUCCAGAGGAGGAGUACAAGUCCGAAUACGACGACCGGGGUUAUCUUACUACGAGCAGUAGCGGUGGAGAUGGAGAUGUCUCUUGGAACGAAGACGAACCUGAGAAAACAGCUUGGGCCAUUACAAGCAGUGCCCAAUGGAAUCCAGAAGUCGGGAGUUCGACCGCUGAUAGCUGGGGCAUGAACGAAGAGAGGGGCGGAUGGGAUGAGGAGCUUGAUAAGAGAACGAAGUUCACUCGGCUUGCCAGUACCGCUAGUUCAACAACUGGCUGGGAUGGAGACGAAAGUAACGGCACCACAUCCUGA